UAAGGGUUUACACUAUGAAGCUUUGCUGUGGGAAUUUGUUCAUUUAGCCAAAUAAAUUUUAGUGAGGUCAGGCUCUGAUUUUGGAUUCAUCUCAAAGGUGUUCAGUGGGGUUGAGUUCAGGGCUUUGUGCAGGUCACUCAACCAACCUUUGCACACACUUGCACACAGUCUUCAUGGAGCCCACCUUAUUCACAUGGUCAUUGUCCUGCAGGUUCAGGUUGCUUAGUUUCAGUUAAGGGAAAUUGUAAUGCUAUAAAACAUACAAAGACAUUUUGACAUAUGUUUUGGUGCUCCCAAUUCAAAUUUAUGACAUAUCUCUCAAUCAGCUCAGUAUAAAACAUGGAUGUAUUUUCACCAUUUGGUUUGCUAAAACACCUGUUGUGGUGAUCUCUGGAUACAGAGCCCUGAAAGAGACCAUGAUUGGUAUGGGUAAUGAGUUUAGUGGAAGGGCAAAUUACCCCCUCAUAAUGAAGACCACAAAUGGAUAUGGUGUUUUGGUCAGCAGUGGGGAAAGAUGGAAGCAGCUUCGGCGGUUUACUCUGUUAACCAUGAAGAACUUUGGAAUGGGUCGGCACACCAUCGAGGAUAAGGUGAUGGAGGAGGCCAGCUGUCUCGUACAAAGUUUUAGUAAAUUUGGAGACUGUGCUUUCAAUCCAGGAAUCAUGAUAAAUCGAGCAGUGUGCAAUGUAAUCUGUUCAAUCAUAUUUGGCCAGAGAUUUGAAUCUGAUGACCCACGGUUAAAUCUUAUGCUCGAAGCUGUGAAUGACUACUUCAAUGUUCUCAGUAGUCCACUUGGACAGGCUUAUAAUAUUUUCCCCAAAAUCGUGGGGCUUUUCCCUGGGCAUCUCCAUGACAUGUUGUCAAAAGUGGAAAAGGCCAAAGGUUUAUUUAAGCUUGAAGCAGAGGCACGGAUGAAGACACUGGAUCCUUCUUCACCCCCUAAAGAUUUUAUUGAGGCUUUCCUUUUACAAAUGGAAGAGGAGAAACAUAACCCUACCACAGAAUUUAAUUUAAAUAGCUUAUUGUGCACAACAUGGACCAUGUUUAGUGCUGGCACUGAGACCACAUCUUCUACCAUCAGACAAAGCCUGCUGCUAAUGAUAAAGCACCCAGAUAUUCAAGCACGAGUCCAGAGGGAGAUUGAUGAGGUAGUAGGACGAGACCGGAGCCCUUCCAUUGAUGACAGACAGAACAUGCCAUAUACAGAUGCAGUCAUUCAUGAAGUUCAGCGCACCUUAGAUAUUGCACCUACUGCUGUUCCACAUAAAAUGUUAUAUGACACUGAGUAUAGGAACUAUCUCAUUCCCAAGGAAACCAUGGUUGUUCCUUUGCUGUCUUCUGUGCUUUCUGACCCUGAGCUAUGGAAGAACCCUGACAAUUUUGACCCUGAGAACUUCCUGGAUGAAAAGGGACGAUUCAAAAAAAGUGAUGCAUUUGUUGUAUUUGGAAUGGGGAAGCGGGCCUGUUUAGGUGAAGCGCUGGCCCGAGUGGAACUGUUUAUUAUGUUCACCUCUCUCCUCCAGCACUUCACCUUCAGGGCCACUCAACCACUGGGAGAGAUUGACACCACUCCUGCCAAUUGUAGCUUUGGCCGUCUACCUCGUUUUUAUGAGUGCUACACUGUGCACAGAACAUAAACAGCUGUUUUUCUUGGAUGGUAUCUUGAUUCUUAUUUUUUGGUUCACAGUUGCAAGAAUAGAAAAAUAUUUAUAUUCUUUCACUGAGAACCAAGAAGAAAUUCAGCCAAAUGAACUAAAACUGUAAACUAGUCAUGAAUGCGCAUAUUAAGCCUUAACCAAUACAAUAAUGCCAUCUAGUGUUUAUUAUAACAAAAUAAAUAAUAAUAAAAUAAUAAAACAGAGCUCUGCAAAGGUUUUUCUGAAGGUCUUUUUUUGGUAGAGAUGAAUUACCUCUAGCACCAUUAAUAGUGUAAUUCAAAAGUGUAAGAAGUGAUGCUGGUAGGGUAUCAAAACCAAAUAUUGAUUUGAUUUACAUUUUUUUUCUGUUUGCUCACUUUGCAUUUUCUAAAUUAAUAAAAAAAUUAAAUAAAUAUUAUUAAAGUAUUCUAACUUUACAACAUUUCUUCAUGCCUGAAAAACCUUUGCAUAUCUAUUGUAUGAACAGAGGAUUGACAACACAAACCCAUCCUUUUAUUCUAUCAUGUUUGUGAAGACAUUUGUUCUGAUAUGAAGAGAAUCUCAUGCGAUAUUUGUCCUUAAGAUGUGUAACACUGUUGACUUUCUUCCCUUCACUUAUACAUAACAUUUCAUUUCAGUGUGUACUGUUUCAGCUAUAUACUGUAUUGAUGAAAUGACAAUAAAAGCUUCUUGACUUGA